CUCAAACUCCCAGUGUCUGGCCAGCUUUUGGUCACUGAUUUUCCUCAGGUGGGCAGGUUUGUGAGAAAUAGGUUUGGUUCUGAAAUCCACUCUCUUCUCAUCUCUGGGUAGCCUGGCUAAAGAGGAACUUGUCCACUUUGGGCUGCUGGGGAAAGCUGGGCGCCCUCUGUUCCUGGGAAGGCCUGAGGAGCGAGCAGCUGGGACACGCGGAGAACAGAAGAUUCCAGGGCAAGACAGUUGUGAGGAAGAUAGAAGGGAAGAGCAGAUGGACACAUGAAUGAAUGGACAGAGCACCAGACUCUGGAGGUCACAUGGGGAUGGGUGACCCCACACUCAACCCUAACAGUCCUCAGUUGGAGAGGUUGCCCAGGGGCCUUUGACUAUGUCAAUAGUGCCAAGGUUGAGAAGACCCAUUAGUGACACCUCCACAAGGUACACAGCACUAGCUCCAUUUCACAGAUGGACAGUGAUGACUCCAAAUUUAAGCAUGAAAAGAAGUUUUAAAACCAUAAAUCCUAAAACCCACCAAGGCAGGCACCUGCAGCCCCCACUGCUAUAACAAGAGAAAAAAAAAAACAUUUUGCCAUUGCAACUGAUCAACAAGAAACUCUAAUUUGUGGGAAGACAGCUGCACCUGACCCUGGCCAGAAUCUCUCCCAAAAGCACCGGACAACUGACUGGUCAGUCUUAUUAGAGCCCACAGGCCAUGCAGGGGAACAAGAAGUGCACAGAUGGCUUCAGUGACACCUCUAGCAUUGGCAGCCUGCUGGACGAUGCAGACAGGGAGGUGAGCAACCUCACAGACCGAGCAUUCCGGAGCUUGUGUAUCUCCGAGGACGCUUCCUUCCAGGGCUCCGACCUUGCCCUGUCCCCAGACAGCACCCGCCAGGUGUUUGGGACUUUUCGCCAGGGAACAGUGAGCCAUACCCAUAGGAAAAGUGGCAUUUGGAGCCAGCUUCCAUCACAAGGCACAGAGCAUGCUGGCUGGGCAGCCACUUUCCAACAGCUACCCAAGUAUGUUCAAGGAGAGGAAAAGUACCCCAAAAGCAGCCCUCCACCAACACCAGUCCAGAGGAGACUGGAGGUGCCAGUUUCUGGCCUGAGGAGCAGCAGCAAGCCAGUUUCCAAAGUCUCGUCACUGAUCAAAUCCUUUGACAGGACUGAGAGUCAACACUGUGACAUCAGACCUCCGACUAGUAAGCCCCCAGCUCUCAAAAAUCCCCCCAAAUUUGCCCCUCUCCCAGAAAGUGGUGUCAACUUCUGUUUUGAUUCUGCCUUUCUGACUGUCAGGAGGGUGCCUGCUGAAGUCUCUAGCAGCCACCAGCCCAGCAGGAACCGCAGAGAGCAAGAGUCCCCCAAGAACCCUGAAAUGGCUUGUCACAGCUCCAGCAGCUUCCUCCCAACACCCAGUGCAGGUGGCACGUUUGAGUCAAGGUUCCCUUCUCCACCCCACAAGCCAGCCAAGGUCGAACCUGGAAGAGGCAAGGAGUGGGCUCCCAAAGGGACUUUUCUGCACAGUGAGAAUAGUGCUUUUGAGUCAUGGACCGCCCACCAACCAAAGCUGCUUGAGAGGAAGAACGUCACUGAAACUGUCCCAGAAAGCAAAGCCCCGAAGCAUUACGAGGACAUGCCCUUGUUACAAGGACCACAUCUUCCUGAGCACAAAGUGUCUCCCUGCCAGGUCCUGGCCAGCUAUGCCCAGGAGGAGAACCGAUCAGCACCAGGGCCUCUGUCCACAUCUGGACCUUGGAGUUCCAGGGAGACAGGAGCCCAGGUGUUCCCUGUAGAGGGAAAAGAUUCUGGCUCACAGGUGGACCCUCAGGUAAAGCCAAGCCAACCCCCAUGGAGGAAGCCAAAGGCUAGAAAAGGAGGGAAGGACAUUCUCCAAGAUGCUUCAGAAGAAAAGAAACAGACCAACAAAAGAGACCCACCUCUGUAUUCAAAGCAUAACCCCCCAGGGCAAUUCCCAGAAAAUGAUGCUCUGGCCAUGCCUGGGGACCCCAAUGAGCAUUACAGUCCUCCUUUUAAUAUCAGUAAGCUACUGACCCCCAUCAUACCCACCAAGCAUGCCCUGGACUCAUCAGACACCCAGCCAGGGCAGAUCAGCCCAUCCCCUCCAGGACAGCUGAACGGAUACCAAGAGAAGGAGCCCAGUGAGUGUCAGUCUCGAGACAGCUACAAAUCCAAGGCCCCAAGCCUAUUGUUCAACCUCAAGGAUGUGCGGAAGCGUGUCAAGAGUACAUACAGCCCUUCCCCUCUCAUGAAAGGCCUUGAGGAAAAAGGCAGAGGUAAGGUUGAUGGCAAGCAAGAACCUGUAAGCAACGGGGUCAUCCUUCCCAAUGGACAUGAGGAAAGCCCUCCACACGAGGUUUCCAAGGAUAGCCCAGCUGAUGGUACCCAGGGGGACCCUACCACCAGCCCCAGUGGGUCCUCUGCAGAAAACCACCUAACCCUCAGCUCACCUCCAACUGGCACUAAAGGCCCCUUCUGUGUCAAUGGGGAGGCUGCAGAAAGGAACAGUAAUGAGAAGGAUGAAGCUGAAGGAGAUACAGAACUGGGUCCCACCACCCGGUAUAGCUGGCAUCCAGACUUCAGGGAACACCGCCCCAGGAAGCACCUGUCCCUGAAACUUUGCAAUAGAGAGACUGGAGCUGGACAGGCUCCAGAAAAAGCAAAGCCCCACCAGCUGGAGAAUGGACUUUCAAGAUCCAUCUCCCAAGAGGCAGAACCUGACCGAGAGGUGGAACAUCAGAGCCAGAAAUUCUCCCCAGGGCCCCUCUCCCCCGAGGAGGAGGAUGUGUUCUAUAGUGACAGCCAGUCCGAUUUUAUGCCAGGCCUCCAAAGUAAGGCCAAAUUCAGCACCAGCUCCUCAGAUCAAUCCUUUGCCUCCUUUGAUGAUCAGCAGAAGACGUGGUUUACCGAGAGCCAGCAGGAAGACAGGAAAAACGAUGUGAGUGCAGGUGUCAGUGAGAAGGACGAGAAGAACACGAUGGGGAAAAAUGAGCCACAGCACUGUGCCUUAAGUAAUGGGCACCCACGCGUAGGAGAGCACAGUCAGGGGGAAGCGCUAGGGGGAGAAAGGGAAACGGUGUCUGGAGGGAGAUCCAGGAAGGCAUCAACAGAGGAAGUGAAUUUCAGAGGCUCUUGGAUCAGGGGAAAUCAGGAUAAGGCCCUUUUACAUGCUACCCCCUCACCGUCUUCUGCAGCAAACAAGCACAGGCUGUUUGCAAUCAAAGACAACACGCUCAAGACCACCCCGGUGAUAAAACCUGUCAUCCUGCCCCUCCUGAGGACCACGUCCUCAGAGGAGUCACUCAGUGGUGGCCACAAAGAGGAAGAGGUGGUAAAGCAAAGGUGGGGUGAAGAUGCUGGUGGUCUUUGUAUCCCCCAAAGCCAGGAAAUGCCUGGCACCCCAAUAUCUGCUAACACACAGGACACACACUUGAAGCACAUUGCAUGUGAGGACCUGGAUGACCCUGGGCAGCACAGUGCAGCCAGGUUGGGGACUUCUGGGCAAAUCUUGAAGGGCAACUUCCCAUCAUCGCUACCAAGGAGAGAGGGGGACAGGAUGAAGCUACCCUCAGGUGCAGUACUUGAUGUCAUGGCAAGCAAUAGCAAGAGCAGGUCCACAGACUCGGGGUUGCUGGUUGCUCCACGGAACAUCCCCACAGUCACUUUACUCCAGGAUGACUUAGAAGAACAGUCACUCUCACAGCCACUUGGCACCUGUUGGGAAGAAGAGACCCAAGGUUUCCAAGGUCAGUUUUUGUCUGCACCUAGAGCAGGGCCACCUGGAAGAAGACUGACCCCUCAUGAGAUGGUGACGUCCCCCAACCCCAGCUCCCUUGGAGAGAGCAGCGUGUGCUCCCCUGCAGCCAGCAGCCUUUGGGAUGAUGCUUCCCAGGCCCCUGGGGAACUGGGGCUGUUGCCAGGGGAGCCUCCCAGGCUCACCCGGCGGGAGGACCUGACCCAUGGCCUCAUGUGGGAAGUAGACAGCUCUGACCCCCAGCUCCAGCCGACAUCAGAAGACCUUCGGACUCUCUCUCCAAGAAGCUCGUUUCUGGACAUGACCACCAACUUCACAGCCUCCCCUGAGAAACCUGAGCCUCCUGCUCACCUGGAGAGGGCAGCUGGCAAGCCACCUGCAGUCCCACCCAAGACAGAGAAGGCCCUGCGGCGGGCGAAGAAACUGGCCAGCAAGAGAAGGAAGACUGACCAGGCACAGGAGAAGCACGGAGACUCCUGGGAGAAUUCACAGUGGACAGAGCAAAGGCCAACAUCGCCCAGAGAGAGACCCCGGCCCAGGUUCCCCAUGGUCCGCUCCCUGCCCCCUCCCAUGCACCGCCACUCAGUGUCUGGCAGCUCAGAGCCUAUGAGGAGGCGGUCCUGGGGUCCCCAGCCUCUUACACCCCUGCCCCCUUACCCCUCCACCCAGAAGGUCCUCCAGGAUCCCCAGUCUGGGAAAUACUUUCUCUUUGACUUGCCACUCCAAGUCAAAAUCAAGACCUUCUAUGACCCAGAGACAGGCAAGUUCGUCAAGGUCUCUGUCCCAUCCUCUGAGGGGGACCCUCCAGAGCCACCCCUGCAGGAUGCCCUGGCUGCUCCCUACCUGCUGUACCCUGGCUUCCGGCCUGUGCCAGUGACUGCCUUGAUGCCUCUGCGCUGCUCCUCCCAGCUAUCUGCCCCUACCUUCCUCAGGCAGGGUCCCCGUGCCAGGCCCCAGAGUGCCCAGGGUACAGGACAGCAGCUAGCCCCAGGGCCUCAGGGCAACUCCAUCCAGCACACAGCUGCCCAGCACCCCCAUGGGCCUCCCCAGAGCCCAGAGGAGGAGGAUGCAGAAGCUCCAGGCCUGAACAUCAUCUCCACUGAUGACCUGGAGGACUUUGCCACCGAAGACAACGAAGACAUUUCCUGAGAACUACAGCAGACUUCCUCCAAUCCCCCCACAAAAAGAACAAACAAACAGAAAAGCUUACAGCCCCUCCCUCUUUCCCCCAACAAGCAUUUCCCUUCUCUACCUUUCCCCAGCACCCCCCCCCACACACACACAUGCACUUUGACUCAUGCUUAGCCAUUUGAGGUCCCUAAAGUCCAAAGGAAAGUGGGAAUCCCUAUCUUAAGGGCUCCCCUGGGCUCCCUUGUGGCUCAGACCCCUCUGUGCCCCUUCCCAGAUCUAUUCCACCUCUUUCCUCCUCCUCCAGCCAUUCCUGCCCUUCUCUGGCCCUGUACCAGGGUGGGUGUGGCACUGGACACUACCCAUUCUAAGAGUUGCUGGGCUCCUGCCCCCUACACUGAAGCCCUAGAAAUACUGAGUCCUCCAGUGGGCAAGGAGCACCCCAGCAGGCAGACUCCCCCAACACACCUGCCUGGGGUCAGGCUUGGUAUGCAGCAGCAGGCCCCAGGUCACUCAGGUGGAACUAGCUGAGGACCACCCAAGGCAAUCGUGCAGAAACAAUGUGCAUAGAAAGGGUUUUCUUCACCGGAGGAAACUUGUCAUUGAGGCUAUUUUCUGAUAAAGAAAAGGCUACCAUUUAAAAAGUGAAACAAGCGUGCCAAAGUGGUUCUGUCCCUAGGACUCCUGCCUUUCUGCUGGCCCUGCAGUGUGGUGCAGAGAGGGGUGGUUCUUGGCUUGUCAUGUACUCUCCAGCUUCCCAUGGCAGUCACGGGCCACACCUGUCUCCAGCUGACUGCAUCUGCAGCCCAGGCCAUCUCUAGCCAUCAGUGGUGGCCCAGGGAAACUGAGCCAGGCCCUGGCUGCCCCGGUCUUGUGACUCGUUACUAUGUCCUGAACUCAAAAGGAGAGUGUGUUUCCUGAGUCUCCAGCCUCUGGGGAUUUGGUAAGGGCCCUGCUCAUGUGAGACUGUGAGGGUCUGAGGAGGGCAUCCACGGCAAGCAGCCAUAAGGCAGCCCAUCCUUCUAGGGUCCCACCCAGUGGCCUCUGCUGAAGCCUCUUAAUUCUCGUUCUGGGGAAAGGUAGGGUCUAAAAGCACCUCCUUACGUAGAAACCUCAAGAGCUGUAAGGACUGUGCUGCCCCAGACCCAGGGGACCAUGCAUAAUGCAUCAUCCUCGCUCUGUUCACACUGGGGCCAUUUCCAUGCUGGAGGAUGGGGACUGGCUUGGCUCAUAAGUGCCAGACUCCUACAAACACAGGACUUUGAGCAAUAUUCCAGGUCAUGAUUUGAGUUCAGGAUUUUAUAUGUAUCUUCCUAGCAAGUGCAGCUGCACCCAAAUAUCAUUAUGAAAACACCCAGCAGGCACCAACACACUCCCCCACCCCCAGAUGCCACUGGAUUUUGCUACACCUGAUAAAUCAGUCAGAAGACCAGCCAGGAGCAUGGUCACUGUCCCACAAAUCUGGUUCUCAUGAGUCACUCACUGAAGUGCAAACCAAACAAAGUUUUUGGGAUGCUGUCAUCAAAUCACCUCCAGGAUCCUCUCUACUGUCUUCAUCUUAUUGUAGAAAUAUGAAACAAAAAAUCUCAUCUUAAAAUUCUCAGAGUCCCCAGAAAAGAAUUCCCUAACAAAAGAAGAACCCAUCAGUAUAACCAUUGUUGUAGUAACUGUGUCCCCAUGAGGAGAAAUACCUUGAGGAAUUAUUUUGGGGAAGCAAUCAUCUUCUGUCUUGGAGGCAAUGUGGGGAGGGCUAUGGAUAGAGGCGAAAACCUAAGGAUACGUGUUUGGAGGUCAGGGUCAGUUCUCAGUGGAUUCAAGACAGGAGCAGAGCUCUGGUAGAUUUCAGCAUCCACUCACAUCAGGGAGCAGGGACGGACUCCUCGCCCCAGCAAGACAGCCCACACUUGCUCACAGCAAAGCAUCCACUGUCCUAAAUUCAGACAAUGCUCCAAGGGAAAAAAGGUAAGAGUCACUACCCAGUAAAAACCAGCUCAGUUGUCAGUGAUGUUGUCCUCUUUUAGUUUGUCUCUGGGGGUUGGUAGGGGUCAUUUAUGCCUCCUUCCUUUUUCCAUCUGCCCCUUAUUCAUUUUUUCCUUCCUUUCUUCCUUCCCUCCCUCCCUCCUUCCUUUUUUUCUUUCCUUCUCCCUCCUUCCUU